UGGCUGAGGCAGGAAGGAUAGGACUGUCAGCAUGUCAAGUUUGCUCUGAAUUUCAUUCAUCUGCCUUCCCUGGGUGAAUGCAGGAGUAAGCUGUGCAGAGAUGAGUUUGACAGUGCGAGGGAUUAAAAUCUCUGCUUGUAUAUGUCAGGAAGGCAGCUAGUAGCUCAUACACACAUAUAGCAUUACCCUCUCAGGUGGAUUCAAGUGUUUCACAUGCGGUGCUGGUGCAAGGUGCUGUGACAAGAACCCCGAGGCUGCUCCUGACUUCAAGAGAAGCAAGUCCACGUGAACUGUGGCAAUCCUCCUUGCUCCUCCCAUCGCAUCCUGCCACAUCGUGUACAACUGAGAGAGCCGAAAAGGGACACACAGCUGCUGUGAAGGAGCUGAAUUUCUGCAUUGGAGACACAGCACUCAGUGCAGUUUGACGGAGAUGAGAUAAAUACUACACACGGCUGUCUGCCUGGGAAGCUGUGGCUGUUUCUUUGUUCCAGCUGAUGCUCUGGGCUGCUGGAGUACUACUCUAACACAUCACCAAAAUGAGUGGAAGGGAAGAUCGAGGAGAUCCAUUAGAUAUUGAGGAUUUAACAGAAAAUGUAGAAUAUGAGGAUGAUUUUGAAAAAGAUCUGGAAUGGCUGACCAAUGAAGAAGGAAAAAGAAACCUUGGUGAAAGAGAGACUCCUGAAGAAAAUGAAGAGGAUAUCGAAGAACAAAUUCUUAAAGCUGCAGACAGCUUUGAGGAAGACAGUGAGGAAAUAGAAGAAAAUUUAGAUCAGCUUUCAGAAGAAGAUGUAAAUGUGAGAGUGAGAUACUCCAGUGAGGAAAGUUUUGAAUCCAGGUCAGAUACUGGACAGGAGAGCUAUGGAUCUGAUACCAGUGGAGAAAGCUCUAGCCAGGAAUCCAAGCUGGAAAGCCAGGAUGAGCUGAGUGAGGUAGUGGAUGAAGAAAUAAAGCGUUACAUCUUAGAAAAGAUUGAAGAAGCCAACAAAGAGCUGGAGAAUCAGGCUCCUGUGGAUCAAAACAGAGAACGGAAGUUAAAAUUCAAGGACGAGUUGGUGGAUCUUGAAGUUCCUCCUCUAGAAGAUUCUCGAGUUUAUAAAACUGACCUUAUAGGAGGAGACGAUGUUUCAAGUGGGCUUUCUCAGUUGCAUAUUUCUAAUGACAUGGGACAGGAAAGCACAUUCCUUUCACCAUGUGCUGGCACAGAUGAGGACACGACAGAUGGUAAAAUCCUAGUGGAAAAAGACGGGAAGUUUGAACUCUUAAGUUUAUGUGAUAUUGAAAGCCAGGGCUUUUUGCCCCCAAUAAGUGUUUCUUUUACUGAUAUUGAAACUCACCAUGUAUCUCCAAAAUCACACUGCAGUUCUUUUCGCACUGUCUCUCAAAUAAAGGAAAUACCUCCGGUCAGACCAGAAGCACGUUCUUUUUCUCCUAGUGAAGAAGAGUGUGUGUAUUUCCCUAAGCCUCCGUCUAACUCUAAGCAUCGUCCAAAUUCUGCUGUCAAUGCUGCAAGAGGUCUGGGUAAACAGAAGAAUCCACAGAGGACUCAGUCUGCAAAUGUGUCCGUGAGAAGCUCCACUUACAGUCUUUCUCCCAGGCAAAAAGAAUUACGGAAGCAGUUAGAACAAAGGAAUGAAAGACUGAGGAAAGAGGAAGAAGAAAGACAAAGGGAACUCGAAGAACAGAAGAGAAGAGAGAACGAGAUGGUUUUUAGAGCUUGGUUACAGAAGAAGAAAGAGCAACUGCAGGAAGAAAAGCGAAUUCGCCGCGCAAAGCAGCUGGAAGAGAUGAGCAUCAAAGAGAGGAACAGGGAUCCAGAAGCAGCCUACAAGUCAUGGCUUAAAAAAAAGCACCGAGAACACAUGAAAGAAAGGCAGAUACAACUUUUGAGACGCCAAGCUGAGGAACUUGCCUUUUUUCCAAGGACAGAGGAAUGCGACAGAGCUUUUAAAGAAUGGCUCAGAAGGAAGAGAGAAGAAAAACGAGCAGCAGAACUAGCUGCUAAAGAGAGAGUAAGGCAGCUUAGAUUAGAAGCCAGAAGAGCAAAGCAGAUGCGGAACAUCACUGUAUUUAGUUUAGAGCCAAAAUCCUUUCACUUUACAGACCAUUACAGUUGAAAAUUUGAUGUAACCACAGAGUUCUUGGUGACGGUCUUCCUAAUUUUUAUGGCUUGAGUUUUUGCUCUUUACAGUUACUGACUUUUUGUGGUGUAUUUAAAGUUUUCAAUGGAGUUUAACGAUUAUCUUCAGUGACAAUGAUUUUCCUAUUUAUUUAUUUGUAAUUUUGUUGAAAAGCCUGCUUUUAUACAAAACUCAGGGAUCUUCUUGGUUUAACCAAAUCUAAAUGAGUGCAAGAUCUAUAUAAGAGUGGCAAAUGCACAUUCCCAUCUUUUAAAGGCACUUUAUACUUAACUCUAUACUUAACACCAUGAAUUCCUGGAUGCAGGCUGUUAUGUAAGAUGUUGGAUUUUUGCUGGAUUAAUAUUGCGAUUUGCUGCUGCUUGUGAUGAAGACUGUACCAGGUGUUAUGUUGUUGGAAAAUCAUGUUUCUUGUACCACUUUCUAUUGAUCUGCUGACCAACUCCAGAUCCGAGGACUAUUUUCUUUUUAAGGUUUAAGGAAAGUGGUCAUUGAAGGCUAACGUGUAGGUGAGCAUGCAACAGUUUUUAAAACUUAUUUCUGUGAGUCAUAUUCAGUAGUUUUGUAUUCCAUGGAAUUAAGAAAUUGUGCAAUUUAUGACCUUUCCUAUUAUUAAGGAAGCUAGGUUGCCUGUAUAAAUGUCAAUGUUUGCUAAAUUUAUAAUAAUAAACUACAUCACCUUUCCCAGCUAAA